GUGUUCGUGUUCCGGUCCCUGGACCAGAUGCCGUAGACGCGACCGCGGAGGAAGCGCGGCCUCGCUAGGCAUGGGGCCUCAUGGGGGGCUGCUGCAAGUGUGCAAGAUUCGGGGCGCCCGUGGGGCUGCGCUGCUGUCCCCAGAGCUCCAGAGGGGGUCAAGGGGGGCGCUGCUGGGGCUCCCUCGGAGAAUAUGGGACUUUUCCCGGAGAACGUCUCCGGGGCUGCUUCUGAGAUCCUCAGGUGUCACCCUGGGCCCUCCUUGGACUCUCAAGGAAGGGCUGUUUCUGGGCCUCCCCGGAAAUGGAUUGGGAUCUCCCUGGGGCCUGGCCUUGUUCUGCACGAGGGGUCUUUUUCAAGGGCCUCUAACAAGGACGCAGCACCCCCUCGGUCUCCCCUCUCAAAAUCCCCAGCAAGGCUCGCUAUGCGGCCCCUGUAGGUCCUUUCUUGACCUCCCCCCGAGGCUUCCUUCUGAGGGGCUCUCCAGAGGCCUGGCAAAAGCAGCCGGGAAGAAGAGCAUCAGGGACAUCAAAGAAGCUGACGACACCGCCCCCAUUUUCCAGUACGUGGGGAAACAUGCCAAAAGGAAAGACCGGGUGUUUGUGUGGGGUUUCUGCUUCUCGGGGGCGUUGGGAAUCCCCACCUUUGUCUCGCCUCCCCCUGGGUUCAGGAAACGGAGGAUCCAGCCCACUCCAUAUCGCCUGGAGGUGGAGGACAAGAUUUCCUCUGCUGCCUGUGGCUAUGGAUUCACCCUCCUAUCCUCCAGAACGACCGAUGUCACCAAAGUCUGGGGCACGGGCCUCAACAAGGAUUCCCAGAUUGGGUUUCAUCAGAGCAGGAGAGAUCACUCUAAAGGUUACGAAUAUGUCUUGGAGCCAAGUCCUGUUGCAUUGCCCCUGGACAAGCCGCAGCAGACCCGAGUUGUACAGGUUUCCUGUGGGAGAGCACACUCCUUAGUGCUGACAGACUCUGAAGGAGUCUUCAGCAUGGGCAACAAUUCCUAUGGGCAGUGUGGCCGGAAAGUGGUCGAAGGUGAAAUUUACAGUGAGAGCCAGCUUAUUAACCGCCUGCCACAACUUGAAGAUACCGUUGUCCAAGUUGCUUGUGGGCAGGACCAUAGCCUCUUCAGGACGGAGAAAGGAGAUGUCUAUGCCUGUGGGUGGGGAGUGGACGGCCAAACAGGCCUUGGUCACUACAACAUUGUCAGCACCCCUACGAAGCUUGGCGGGGACAUCGCGGGCGUGCGCAUCGCUCAGGUUUCUACCUACGGCGACUGUUGCCUUGCCGUGUCGGAGGACGGCGACAUCUUUGGCUGGGGGAACUCUGAAUACCUGCAGCUGUCUUCGGUUACCGAGUCGACCCAGGUUAAUGUUCCCAGACACCUGCCCUUAAAGGUUGGGAAAGUGAAGGAGGCUGCUUGCGGAGGGACAGUCAACGCUCUCUUAAAUGAGGAAGGCCAUGUCUUCGUCUGGGGCUACGGGAUACUUGGGAAAGGACCGAAGCUGAUGGAAACGGGGACCCCCGAAAUGAUCCCACCCACCCUGUUUGGCCUCUCGGACUUCAACCCGGACGUCCGCGUGGCUCGGAUCCGCUGUGGACUCAGCCAGUUUGCUGCCGUCACCAACCGAGGAGAGCUCUUCGUAUGGGGCAAAAAUGUCAGAGGAUGUUUGGGGAUCGGCAGAAUGGAAGACCAGUACUUCCCAUGGAGGGUGAUCGUGCCAGGUGAGGUGGUGGAUGUUGCCUGCGGGGUGGACCACAUGGUCACGCUGGUUAAAUCAUUUGUGUAGCAAUGCCUGAUUGGACAGUGCCGGAUGACUUGGAACACAACUAGAAAUGUAUCAACUUUUUCCCUGACGGCUGGUCUUGGCGGCUCUUUGGGACGGAUGCCUGAAUUCCUUGUGAGGGAACUUAACGAAGUGUACACUGUAGCAGCAGGCUUCAAAGGAGCAAGGAUUUGCUUUCAUUGGGACCCUGCGCAAAUAUUGGGAGCUGUUCACUCAGGACAAUCGUUAGCUGCUUGGCUGUCUCUGUAACGUUGAACUUCCGAAGUGGUUGCUGAGGACUUGGGAGUGCUGCAAGGAAGCCUGCGCUGCUGUGCAGUCAGAGCAAAAGGGUUUGUUUACAGCGGGAUUGUACAACAUGCUGCUGCUUUUGAAAGAUGCUCUUACGAGACGAUUGAA